AGCAGCAGCAGCAGCAGCAGCAGUUCCGCGGCUGCCAGCCCGAGGCUGAGCCAUGUCUGCCAGAGUGGCCCAUCCUCAGGAGCCCCACCACCCCUCUGAGAAGCCAGUCAUCCACUGCCACAAGUGUGGGGAGCCCUGUAAAGGUGAAGUGCUCCGAGUUCAAGCCAGACACUUCCACAUCAAAUGCUUCACCUGCAAAGUGUGUGGCUGUGACCUGGCACAAGGAGGCUUUUUUAUAAAGAAUGGAGAAUAUCUGUGCACCUUGGACUACCAGCGCAUGUACGGCACCCGCUGCAACGGCUGCGGGGAGUUCGUGGAGGGCGAGGUGGUGACAGCUCUGGGGAAAACUUACCAUCCAAGCUGCUUUGCCUGCACUGUCUGCAAGCGUCCAUUUCCACCAGGAGAUCGGGUUACCUUUAAUGGAAGGGACUGUCUGUGUCAGAUGUGUGCUCAGCCGAUGUCCUCCAGCCCCAGAGAGCUGUGUGCCUCCAGCAAUUGUGCUGGCUGUGGAAGAGACAUCAAAAAUGGACAAGCACUGCUAGCCCUGGACAAGCAGUGGCACCUGGGCUGCUUCAAGUGCAAGGCCUGUGGGAAGGUCCUGACUGGGGAAUACAUCAGCAAAGAUGGUGCUCCUUACUGUGAAAAGGACUACCAAGUUCUUUUUGGAGUCAAGUGUGAAGCAUGUCACCAGUUCAUUACUGGGAAAGUCCUAGAGGCAGGUGACAAGCAUUAUCAUCCAAGCUGUGCACGAUGCAGCAGAUGCAACCAAAUGUUCACAGAAGGAGAAGAAAUGUAUCUGCAAGGUUCCACUGUCUGGCAUCCCGACUGUAAGCAAACCACUAAGUCUGAGGAGAAACUCCGGCUGUCACAACUCUGGCAGAAUAUACAGUGGAGGCACUUCAGAGCUAUUAUCACCGCCUUGCAUAAUGAACUCUAUCAAAAAAUUAAGCCCACAAGAACAUCAUCAGAAAGCAUUUAUUCCAGACCAGGUUCCAGUAUACCUGGCUCUCCAGGCCACACUAUCUAUGCAAAAGUAGACAAUGAAAUCCUUGAUUACAAGGAUUUAGCAGCCAUUCCCAAAGUCAAGGCCAUUUAUGACAUUGAACGUCCAGACCUAAUUACUUAUGAGCCAUUCUACACCUCCGCCUACGAGGACAGACAGGAGAGACAGAGUCUUGGAGAGUCUCCAAGGACUUUAUCACCCACCCCUUCUGCAGAAGGCUACCAGGACGUUCGGGACCGCAUGAUUCACAGGUCCACCAGCCAGGGCUCCAUCAACUCUCCCGUGUACAGCCGCCACAGCUACACCCCCACCAUGUCACGUUCCCCCCAGCACUUCCACAGACCUGAGCUGCUGGCUCUGGGCGCGCGGCGCGUGGCACCCCCGCGCUCCAGCGGCCCCGCGCUCCAUGACUCCCGCCCCAACUCCCCAUUCCGACACCACUUCAUCCCCCAUGCCAAAGGCAAUGAGCCGUCCAGCGGUCGGAACUCCCCUGUCCCCUAUCGGCCUGACAGUCGCCCUCUCACUCCAACUUACGCUCAGGCCCCUAAACAUUUCCAUGUUCCAGAUCAAGGCGUCAACAUUUACAGGAAACCGCCCAUCUACAAACAACACGCUGCCUUGGCAGCACAGAGCAAGUCCUCCGAGGAUAUCAUCAAGUCCUCCAAGUUCCCAGCAGCUCAUGCACCAGCACCCAACGAGAUACCAAAGAUUGAGACUGACCACUGGCCAGGCCCUCCCUCCCUGGCUGCCAUAGGAGCUGACAUGAGACGCAGAUCAAGUGGAAGGGAGGAAGAUGAUGAGGAGCUGCAGAGACGCCGGCAGCUGCAGGAGGAGCAGCUCAUGAAGCUCAACUCUGGUCUGGGGCAGUUAAUAUUGAAGGAAGAGAUGGAAAAGGAGAGUCGCGGUAGGUCAGCCCUUUCUGCCAGUCGUUACGAUUCUCCAGCACAUGCUUCAGCCUCCAAAACCUCUUCUCUCCCUGGGUAUGGAAAAAAUGGACUUCACAGGCCGGUCUCUACGGACUUUGGUCAGUACAAUAGUUAUGGGGAUGUGAGUGGUGCUGUUAGAGAUUUCCAGUCCCUCCCGGAUGGUCAUGUUCCUGGAAUGAGAAUGGACAGAGGAGUAUCUAUGCCUAACAUGUUGGAGCCAAAGAUUUUUCCAUAUGAAAUACUCAUGGUGACCAACAGAGGGCGAAAUAAAAUACUAAAAGAUGUAGACAGAACCAGGCUGGAGCGUCACUUAGCACCUGAAGUUUUUCAAGAAAUAUUUGGCAUGACGAUACAGGAGUUUGACAAGUUACCUCUCUGGAGACGCAACGACAUGAAGAAAAAAGCAAAACUCUUUUAAUCUCCCUUUAAACAAACCCACCACAAAUGAUGCAUAGAAUAUUGUAUCACACAGUCCAAACUGUUUGGAAGCAACUACUUAUCCACCAAAAAGGGAAAAUCAACAUAGUGGCACCUCUGCAGUUGAACAAGAUCAACAAUUGCCCUCCUGGAAUUCAGGGAGAAAAUAUCUGGGCUCAGAAACAGCAAUGAUAGUUUUCAGAGGUGUCAACCUAUUACCUGAUAUUGUACAAGCUAGAAAACUGUUCUGUUCUUCUCCCUCAAUGAUAUUCCCUUUACUUCUCUCCACAAAACGAUGGACUUUAUUGCUAGAGCCAGGAAGUGCCCUUAGGAUGCCUUGUAGACUAAAGUAGUUGUAACCACUCCAAGAACUGGAAGAGAAUAUAUACAUAUAUAAAUAUAUAUAUAUAUAUGUAUGCGUGUUUGCCUGUGUGCACACAUGUAUUUAUAUCUCUCCAUCUAUCUCUGUGUGUGUGUAAGUGUGUAUAUAUGUGUGUAUAUAUGGAGAGGGACAUAGGUAGGUUUGUAGUGAAGGAGAAGCCCCCUUGUAACUUAUCCCACAUGGUCACAUCAAGUCUUUCACCCAACAGUUUCUUACUUGGCACUCUUUUGACACAGUGUCUUCGUGUAACACAGCCUGUGGUGGUGGGCACUCUGCUCACCUGCAGGACACACCACUUGGAUUUCUGGGAAAUGGACUCCUUGUAAAUAUUUGCUAGGAUAUAAGAAGUGAAUUGCUGUGUGUGUGUUGUCAGUCUUCCCUCUUCCACACUUUCUGCUUGAAUUAAUAAGGCUGGAGCUUAACCAGUCCUUUGAAUAAUUUAGGAUCACUUCAGUAAUGGGAAUGAUGGAGAAGAGUCAGUUUUCUUGUAAUUUACUCCAGGAGGUGGGUGCGUGGGGGUGGGAGUGGCAGAGUGAAAAAAUGCUAUUUUAAGUGUGCCCUGGUUUGCAUCCAGAGAUUUCAGGAGAAACUCCCUGCUAGUAAUUUCUAGUACAGCUCAUCAGGCUGCACUGGAGUUGUAGGAUUUUACAAUGGCAGGGAGAAUGGUUCUCUGCAAGCUAACAUGCAAAUUCCUCCCUCUUAGGGAGGAAAUGUUUAUGAACUGAAAGGUACCAUCGAGGUGCCAAGCUCUGCCAAUAGAGGCUUUUUGAUUAAACUGCAGUAGCUGUUGUCAAUAUGGCACAGUGCAUGGGGCCAAGCACUCAUUUUAGUUAAUGUAGGUUUUCACUUGUGCUUGGAAAAGAGGGCACAGACUUUUUUUUUUUUUUUUCUGUCUCGAAGCAUCAAAGCUCCAGCCUUGGUUAUUUUUAUUUCCCUUUGUGCCUGACUUGGUUUUUGAAGACAGAGUAAUCAUGCAAGACAGUUUCUGAGCUGCACUGAACUCCUUAUUGCUUUCAGUCUUCUUCCAAUAUGCUGCAGCUUGAAAAACUGCCUGUAUAUACCUUAACUGCUUCUGGGCAAGUCCUAUGCAGAGGAGGACACGAGCACCAAAGUAAUUGAAUGGAUGCAGUGUGGCUGCUUUUUCUCUUCCUUGGUGCUUUACUGCCAAUGCAUAACUGCACUAAUGAGCUCCUCUCCUGAUAGGAGAGGGUCUUUUAGGUUCUGUGUCUGUCAAAGAAUAUCAAGGUUUCCUUUUUAAUGCAGAAACUUCAGGAGGCACUGGAGACAUCAGAACCUUUGUAUUUUCUGUUCUGUGAGACAUUGGUGUUAAAAUCUGGAAGUCAGGAAGAGGAAACAGUCCCAUGUAGUUCUGAGAUUCAGUAUCACUGUGUUGAGUUCUCUGUAUCACCAAAUGACAUUUCACCAUGAGCUGUGCAGGACAGCCCAAACCCUGCCUCUUCUUUGCUGGUUAGCAAGCCCUGUUGUGACAGAUCACUGUGGUUCCUUUGAUAAAAUCUGAGAUGAAGGUUCAGUAGGGGAGAGACAGAGACCAGGGCUCAGCACCUGCUCCAUGUCCCUGAGGGACAGUGCCACCAAGGGUCUGGCACCAUCCCCAGGGAGCAGAAUUCCCUGGGGACACUGUGACACACACACUGGUGACUGAGCUCUCUGGGUGGCACUGAGCUUGCAGCAGGGAUCAGGGUAACAUAUUUCACCUCAUUUUUCAGAAGACAGAUCUAAAAGGGUUUUAGAGGAGCUCUGAGAAGUAAAUGGGAGUGUCAGGGGCUCAAAAUGCAUCUUUGAGUGACUGCUGAAAGCAAAUCCAUACAGUGAAAGGACAGCAGUGUUUUACACUCACAGACUUUGUGAAUGCUGGGGUCUCAGAAAUUCAUUGUUUGGUCACCUGCAAGGUGUGGUUUAACUUUGAGACAAACAUUUGAGUUUUAAUGCAUUUAAAUUAUUAAAAUUCUCCACAUUUUGUCAUCCCACAUCCUUCAAACUAUUAGGCAUUACAAGUCUUUUAGUUCAAGUCACCCUGACCAUACCCCUUUUAGACCUGAGGAGUUGUUCUCUCAAGGAUGUGAGCUGCCAGUCUUCAUUUUUCCGCCUCCAUCUCUAGGUUACUACUGAACUUCUCACAGCACAUAUGAACACACUACCCAGUCAUUUCAGAAAUGACUAAGCCAGGUUGUUUUCUUACCUCUCCCUCCUAUGCAAAAAAAAAAAAAAAAAAGGAAAAAAAAAGGAAAAAAAAAAAAAAAAAAAGAACUCAGCCUCUUAGCCUGUAAAGAAUGGCAUGGUAAUUUGAAUCUGCCUCAUCAACUGAGAAUUUAAAACUGCAGCUUAAGCUUGGGAAGGAAUGAAGAGAAGCCAGUGUAGAUGUUGCAGACACAACUCAUCUCUGACUGGAUUUUUGGGCCACUGCUGGCUCCCCUCUCACUGGUGUGGAGCAGUCAGUCAAUUUACAGCCCUCUGCACUAGACUUACUACUGCUUUACUCCUGACUGACAACAUGAAGGGUUUUCUGAGCUUCAGUUUCAUGCCUGCAGUUAAUUCUCAACCACCUACAUGCAGACACACCCAAGAGAUCAUCUGUCCACAAAACCCACGCUGCAGCCACCCAUGGGGGAGGGAGGAUUUCUGCAGUGGGCUCUUUCUGAUUGUCACUGCAAUAUUUUCUGUUCUUUCAUCUGAUCUUCCCACCUAAUGAAAACAAAAUGUAGCCCCAGGGAGAAUUUUCUUUGUAAGCAAUUAAUCAUUCUCCUGGUAUCCAUUGAGUAGCAGUUCUUAGUAAUUCCCCUCUUUGAUAUUCCCCUGGGACAUGUCAAGAGUUGGACUGGAUGAUUUUUAAAGGUCCCUUCCAACCCAAAUCAUUCUGUGAUUCUAUGAAUAUGCCUUAAGUACAUGCUUGUGUUCUUCUAUCUCCUGCAAAGCAUUUGAGCUUCUGAUGAAGUCUCAUCCCAUCAAUGCUGUCAACACAAUGUCAUUACCAAGAGGACUAAAAACUGAUUGCUUUUGUCCUAUUUUUUCUCCUUUUCUGCUUUAGGAGUGAUGUAAGAGCAGGGCCCAGUCAAACAUUGCAGAAUAACCCCACGUGUACACCUGGGGUUAAGUCUACAUGGGAUUAUGUAGAGAUGCAGAUCCUCGAGCACAGGUGCACUGGUGGCACACACCCUCCUCAUGUGGAGCUCAUUAAAUGUGGGUUGUGGUGUGCUGGGGAUGCACUGCAGUGGGCUGUGAAAGGUCAGGCUGGAGGACUCAGGAGCUUUCUGUGGGAUAAGACAUCUCUGUGGCUCCAGUGGUGCUUUUACUUCUGUCCAGACAGGUGUCACCUCUCCUCACAGAGUCCUGCAGUCCUAAAUCUGUGGGCCAGGCGCUGAAUGCUUGCUGCCCUUUUCCUGUUGCAGUUGGGAAAUCCUUUCUCAGCCCUGUAGUUCAGAUGUCCUGCUGUUCAACAGAAUUCAGCAGCAGCUUCUUCUGUCAAAGUGAGCUACUCUGAAGUUAGACACCUUUGGAAGUGAAUCCCUUUCCACAAUCCCUGUGUCUCCUGGCAGGGUGAUGUCAAUGGGCAGAGAAGGGUUAAGGUCUGGGAAGGAGGAGGGUUGGUAUAGUCUUGAUUUCUGCAGGGCUUGCCAGGGUGAUGCUUGGCAGGAUUAGAGGAGAACACUGGCAUGAGCCUGUUCAGUGGUACCUGUAGUACCUGUUCCAGACUGUGGGGAAGUCAAGUUUGGAGUUCAUAGCAUGUGAGCACCCACACUGAAGUUAAUGGUAUGAAGCUGUUAGAACAAACACCAAGAACAUUAGGUCUCAGAAUGGUAAAAAUAUUAAUAUCCCCUAAACUCUUCAGGGAAUGAUUUAUCUUGGCUCCUCCUGACUUAGGAGGAGAUGUUGGCAUAUUUGGCUUGUAGAAAAGAAAA